AUGGAACCACAGCGCGCCCCAGCACCAGUAAGCCCGACUGGCGACAGUGGACGAAUACAUUCAGAGCAGACGGCCACCUUCACAAUAGCAAACGAGAACACACUCAAACGACCCCCUCCGAAGGCCUCAGCGACGUCGCCGAGGAAAUGUUUACCGGGGAGACCCCAGCAACACCAGGACGGACGCCUGACCAUCGACGAGAUCUCGACCUGCUGCGACCGGAUUGGACUCAGAACUUGA